UCAAAUUUUGAAUCCCAAAGUCUCUCUCCGCGCUCGUUGUUGCUCCGGCAUUCGUCCAGCGGCCGUUCCACCCCCUCCCCCCGGGUCUCCGACGAAGCACAUUACAGCCGCCCCUGCUCCGGCCAAGGAAGAGGAGAUCCAGAAGAUCGGGAAGCUCAACUGGGCGUUGGAGGAGCGGGUGAAGUCGCUGUGUGUGGAGAAACAGAUUUGGAGGGACCUCGCCUAGGCCAACAGACGCCACCGCCAACGCCCUCCGCACCAACCUCGAGCAGGUCCUGGCGCAGGUCAGCGAGGACGACCGCUCUCGCCAUCGCCGACCAAGCACGUUAAGGCCGCCCCUCCUGGCGCUCGCUCGCUUCUCUCUCCGCGCUCGUUAUUUCAUACGAGUCCAAGUUAGAGCAUUCCUCAGAACAAUAAGUCAUGGCAGUAAGUCUACAAGCGGUCCAGAGAUUGGAAGCGAUGUUGGACCGGGAUUCCGUCUCAUGCGAUGAGACGACGGCCCAGGAGCUAUUCACUGCUGCAAAACAAGGCGAUGCCAACGAAUUCAUCGGAGUCGUAGCACGUUACUGUUCCGAGCCCAAUCGACGUCUGUGUCUGUCGGUCAUUCUAAGCCCCUCCCGAAGUUCGUUGCUCCAUGUGGCCGCGGGCCUUGAGAGGGACGAGAUCCUGAGAGCCAUCAUCGGCCACUUUCCCGGCCACGAGGUGGCCCGGAAAAAUUGCAGGGGAGACACCCCGCUUCACUUGGCCGCCAGGGCCGGAAGGACCGCCGCAGCCGGAGUCCUCAUUGACCGAGCGUUGGACGUCGGCUGGGGCGAGAUAUGGCAGGCUCUCGUUCAAGUGAAGAAUGACAGGGGAAACACCCCGCUGCAUGAGGCCGUUGUGAACGGCCACCUUGACGUGGCUCGGAUCUUGAGAGGUAAGGACCUGCAACCCGUGUAUUUGGAGAACAAGGAAGGUAAAUGUCCUGUGUCUCUGGCCGUGGAGAGGGGCAACUUGGAGGUUCUCGGGCUUUUGUUGGAAGAGCCACUUGAUCCGUGGAGGAUUCAAGGCGUGUCGCCCAUUCAUGCGGCUGUCUUACACGGCAAAAUAGGCAUGCUACAGAAAAUAAGUGCAAGCAAUCCACGAUUGUUUGAAUUGAAAGACGGUAGGGGACGCACUCCCCUUCAUUUGGCAGCGUACAUCAAUUACUGUGAUGGCAUCAAAUACCUACUAGAAGAAUUCGCCUCGAGCGCAGUCGAAUACGAUAGAGACGGCCAUUUUCCGAUUCACGUUGCUUGUAAAGAGGGUCAUGUUGAAGCAAUCAAGGAGCUGCUUCAGCAGUGGCCAGAUCCCACGGAGUUGAUCAAUCGACAAGGACAAAACAUCCUUCAUGUCUGUGCCAAGCAUGGAAGAAUCCGGGCAUUGAGGUACAUACUUGGGAAUGCCAACCUGGAGAAGCUCAUCAACGAGAGAGACAAUGAUGGGAACACUCCUCUGCAUUUGGCCACAUUGCCGUGGCACCCCGUGGUUCUGCUUGAUCUCGUGCUGGACAAAAGAGUUGAUUGUAACCUUCUCAACAACGAAUGCUUGACGGCUCUUGACUUUGCGACAGAGCAAAUCAGAAGAACGGGUCCUAUGCUUCAAAAGAGAUUACCCUCAAUGAUUUUGAAAUCUGCCGGGGCACCUACAAGUAAAGAUUUGGCUGUCUAUAGGUCAAGAAAUCAAGAAAUUAUGGCGGAAUUUACAGUCCUUGCUCUCCAAACCGGAGGUAUAUUGAGGGGACAGGCAAACGCUCGUUCUAUCAUCGCCACGCUAGUGGCAACCGUGACCUUUGCGGCUGGUUUUGCCAUUCCUGGAGGUUUUGUUGAGAGUUCUCAGCCUAACCCGGGAACGGCUACAAUGCUGAAGAGGGGAAUGUUCCAGGCCUUUGUCAUUUGCAACACCAUUGCGAUGUACAGUGCCAUAUGUGUGGUUGUCAUGUUGCCUUGGGCAGAUCUGAAUGACUCUUACGUUGCUCUAACUGCCCAUAUAAUUGCAAUAAAGUGGCUGUUGGUAGCUCUCGGAACAAUGUCCAUAGCAUUUAUGGCCGGUGGAUACGUGCUCAUAAGCAAACUCACUUGGCUCGCCUCUCUUUUCCUGUUGAUUGGAGCUAUUGCCAUAUACCAUAUCUGCGCUUUGUACAUGGCAAUGUACAUUCCUUUUGUGGUAAAUUCGCAGUAUUUGCACCGCAUAGCCUUCCAUAUCAUUCGCCUUGGAGUUGCAAUAUCGAGACUUAUAGUUCGCUGCCCCGAUGUCCUGCAAGAUGAGGACUGGCGACCUGCUGGCAUGGAUGGAACAAGGACAACGGUGGCGUUGAAUGUGAAUUGCCCGGCCACUUUGUCUCCAUCCAGUGGUACUUAG